GGAGGAGAAGGAGGAGGAGGAGGUGGCGGCGGCGGCGGCGGCGGCGGCUGCGGCGGCCGGGGAGGUGGGGAGGUGGGGGAGGUGGAGGCUGAGUCGCUGCAAGAGGCGACCGCGAAGGGGCGGCCCGGCGGCGCGGCGCGCGGCCCAGAAGCGUUGGAAUCCUGAAUUGAGACGGCUGCGCCGAAAGACGGCAGGAGUGGCGGGGCCGCCGCCGUCGCCGAAGAGAUGAGCCGGGAAGGCUGAGGCCGGAGACGCCUGCCCUCGGGCCCGUCCGCCCGGCUCCUCUGCUCCCGGCUACUGGAAGAUGAAAGAGACUCUAGAAGGGACUGGGUCUUGGGGGCCUGAGCCUCCUGGACCUGGCAUAGCCACAGCUUACUCAAGCCCCAGGCAGGAAUGUCUUCGGUGGCCCCCACCCCCCAAACCCCGACUCAAAAUAGGUGGAGGGUUUGGGCCAGAUCCUGGGUCAGGGGCCACAGUGCCAACCAGACGCCUCCCUGUCCCUCGGCCCUCUUUUGAUGCUUCAACUAGUGAAGAGGAUGAAGAAGAGGAGGAUGAAGAUGAAGAAGAGGAAGUGGCAGCUUGGAGACUGCCCCCCAGAUGGAGUCAGCUAGGAUCCUCUCAGAGGUCACGUCCAGCCCGCCCCACACAUCGAAAAACCUGCUCACAGCGCCGACGCAGAGCCAUGAGAGCCUUUAGGAUGCUGCUCUAUUCAAAAAGCGCCUCGCUGACAUUCCACUGGAAGCUUUGGGGGCGCCAUCGAGGCCGGCGGAGGGGCCUCGCACACCCCAAAAACCAUAUUUCAUCCCAGGAAGGGGGUGUGACACCACGAGUGCCAUCCCCCUGCUGUCGUUUUGACUCCCCCCGGGGACUGCCUCCACCCCGGCUGGGUCUGUUAGGUGCUCUCAUGGCUGAGGAUGGGGUGAGAGGGUCUCCUCCAGUGCCAUCUGGACCCCCCUUAGAGGAAGAUGGACUAAGGUGGACUCCAAAGUCUCCUCUAGACCCUGAUUCUGGCCUCCUCUCAUGUAAUCUGCCCAAUGGUUUUGGGGGACCACCUGGGCCAGAAGGGGAGCGCAGUGUGGUAGCCCCUGAUGCCAGCAUUCUCAUCAGCAAUGUGUGUAGCAUCGGGGACCAUGUGGCCCAAGAGCUUUUUCCGAGCUCGGAUUUGGGAAAUGCAGAAGUGGAGCGACCUGGGGAGAAAGCUGGCCAGCACAGCCCCCUGCGAGAAGAACACGUGACCUGUGUGCAGAGCAUCUUAGAUGAAUUCCUUCAAACUUACGGCAGCCUCAUUCCCCUCAGCACCGAUGAAGUAGUUGAGAAGCUGGAGGACGUUUUUCAGCAGGAAUUCUCUGCACCUUCCCGGAAGGGCCUGGUGCUGCAAUUGAUCCAGUCAUACCAGCGAAUGCCAGGCAAUGCCAUGGUGAGGGGCUUCCGAGUGGCCUAUAAGCGGCAUGUGCUGACGAUGGAUGACUUGGGGACUUUGUAUGGACAGAACUGGCUCAAUGACCAGGUGAUGAACAUGUAUGGAGACCUGGUUAUGGACACAGUCCCUGAAAAGGUGCAUUUCUUCAACAGUUUCUUCUAUGACAAACUCCGUACCAAGGGUUAUGAUGGGGUGAAAAGGUGGACCAAAAAUGUGGACAUCUUCAAUAAAGAGCUGCUGUUGAUUCCCAUACACCUGGAGGUACAUUGGUCCCUCAUCUCUGUUGAUGUGAGGCGACGCACCAUCACCUAUUUUGACUCACAACGCACUCUAAAUCGCCGCUGCCCUAAGCAUAUUGCCAAGUAUCUACAGGCAGAGGCAGUAAAGAAAGACCGGCUAGAUUUCCACCAGGGCUGGAAAGGUUACUUUAAAAUGAAUGUGGCCAGGCAGAAUAAUGACAGUGAUUGUGGUGCCUUUGUGUUGCAGUACUGCAAGCACCUGGCCCUGUCUCAGCCAUUCAGCUUCACCCAGCAGGACAUGCCCAAACUCCGUCGGCAGAUCUACAAGGAGCUGUGUCACUGCAAACUCACUGUGUGAGCCUCAUCUCCCAGGCCUCAAGCCCACUCAUUAAUGGGCAGGGGAACAUGGGAAACCCUUCCCCAGAAACUUCAAUUCCUGUUCUCCCUUGCCUUUCCCCACCUAAUUCCCUUUGGUUUUUCAUAUUUAAAUGUUUUCAUUGAUUUCUGUAUUUUUUUUUUUUCUUUGAAAGAAUACUUGUUGAUUUAUAACGUUCAGGGGGUGGCCAUGGGAAAGUCUUUUUCUCCCUCUGUAGGGGAGUAUGGCCUGUGGCCCGGGUGGGACAGUCACCCCCACCCUCUCGUGCAGAGGGGGGUCAGGAAAAUCUGUGCUGGGGGUGGUGGGCGGGCAAAGGGUCUACUGCCUGCCAAAUCUUCAAACUUUUUAUAUAUAUUAUAAAUGCCACGGUCCUGCUCUGCUCAAUAAAGGAUCCUUUGGAGAUA